GAUGGAGCUGCUGUAUUUAACAGUUGAGAUUUUUAUCAUCCACGUGCUGGAGACAUUUAAACAUACCAAUAAGGUAUUUAUAAAUAAUUGACCAGCUGAUCUGUGUUUCUCGGUGAAACUCAAGUAGAAAUUAAUAGAAAUAAUGGCAAUGGCGGAAACAUUGUUGAAACGAGAUCUUAAUUCUAAGAGAACGUCGUACAUUGAUUGGGAUGAAUAUUUCAUGGCUAUAGCGUUCCUUUCUGCAAAACGGAGCAAAGAUCCCAGCACUCAGGUCGGUGCAUGUAUUGUUAAUAAUGAAAAACGAAUUGUCGGCAUUGGAUAUAAUGGAAUGCCCAGAGGAUGUGAUGACAAUGAGUUUCCAUGGGGAAAGAGCUCUCAUAAUAAUUUAGAGACAAAAUAUCUUUAUGUGUGUCAUGCAGAAAUUAAUGCAGUUCUAAAUAAGAAUUCAAGCAAUGUUAAAGAUUGUACAAUUUACGUUGCUUUGUUUCCGUGCAACGAAUGCGCGAAAGUAAUAAUACAAUCCGGCAUAAAAACAGUAAUAUAUAUGUCGGAUAAAAAUGCUCACAAAGUCGAGACAAUAGCUGCAAAGAAAAUGUUUGACGCUGCUGAUAUAGAGUAUAGGCAAUAUAUUCCAAAAAAUCAGAAAAUAGAAAUUAAUUUCAGUGAUAUUAAUUGGAAUGAGAUGAGUCAAUUACCACAAACUCCAACAAAACAAGAAGAUUAACAAAGGAAGAUUAAACUUAUCUUAUCAAUUAUUAUUGUGUCUCGUAUCAUGGACAACUAUAAUUUGAUAGCAAUUUUACUUUAUUCUUCCAUUUUUGUUUUAUUCUUUUACGAAAUAUAUUUUACCUAAGCAAAUCGCAUUGUAUGAAUAAAAAACACACACACAAAGAUAUGUUAGUUAGAACUAUGAAUAACAAUAAAAAUUAAGACAUUUCUUCUAUCAGAACACAUCAUGGUAGCAUGUACAAUAAGAAAAUUUUGUUUUUA